AUGUCUAUGAUCUCCACACAUCGUCCCGCGGUGGGGGUGGGGCUGUGGUCAAACACAUUCUCCUGGAGCUUCCGUGGAGUCCGGAGGAGGGGCAUUGGGCAGUGGGCAGUGGGCUCCGGUCACCGCCUGUACACCAUGCUGUACACUCACAUACUCUGCGUUAUUGUGUUUUACACGCUUCUAAAUCCUCGUUCUACACAAUCCACGUGUCUAUUUGUCGUAGAGGUCCUCACUACCGCCGCAGACGUGCCUCGCUCUUUCCGUGAUCUGAAAAGUCCAUCUACAGAAUGGGGUUCACCUGUGAUCAGAAUAUCAACAUACAGGAAAUCAUGCCUGAACUGUGGCAUGAUUUACAGAUACCAGGAGUGGGAGGAGGGUAUCCACAAUUUUGAUGACCACAUCAUCCUGUCUCUGCACUUGUGCCUGGUGGUCAGGAAUGCACUUCAGACCCAUACAGCUAUCAGCAAAGUGAUAGAAAUAAUAGAAAAAACAGAAAAGGUGUCCUUUCCAAACAAGGACAGAGUUCUUCAGGCAUAUCUUCAUUUUGAGGCCCUGACCAACCAUGACUACACCUACAGUUGUGUGUCAUGUGGAUACAACCCAGCAGUUGUUGUACAGCAGGUCAGGGCACUGUGCAAACAGUGUGGUGUGGACCACAAAGGGUCCAAGGUGGAUCUUGUCAUCAGGCUUUCUGAGAAGAUGUCUAACAGAGUCACCUACAACAAGGUGUUUGAGAAGGUGUGGGGUGCCUCUGUGAAAUUCAACCUUAGAGCAGAGAGUCCACGUGACUUUGUGGAUCUCUUGCUGUCCUGGAAACACUUUCCUAAUAUGUCAGUGUACGAUUAUGCCAGGGGGCUGGCACUGCAUGCCAACCGCAGGCAGCCAGGAAUCUUUGACCCUUUUCAAGGAAGGUUACUGGAUCCCACCCCAGAGAACGUUAAGCAGGCCUCAGAGGGCAAAGUUCAGUUGUCUCAGGUCUUGGAUGAGACCAAAAGUCCCACUCAGCACCUUGCAAUGGUGAAUGGGAUCAUCCUGACCCGCUUUGACUUUUGGAGUCUGGGUUUGGAGCGGGACAUGGACGGAAUGAUCCUGAACUGUUGUCUAAAAGUGAUUGAGAAGAGAGUAGAGAAAGUGUUUGCUGCAGACAGCCAUGUCAUUUCCACUUGGUUCCCACCAUUAUCGCUGAACCACAUGGAUCACCUACAGGAUGAUGCAGCCAGUCUACAGUGGAUUAUUCUCCCAGUACACAUUGCUCACAGCCUGUCUCCUGGCCCCUGGAGGGAGCUUGGCGUGAAUGAUGUUCAGGGCCUAACAAAGCAAGGGUGCUCCAACAACUGUGGCGUGUUUGUUUUGAUGUACACGCUGUACAUUGUAAUGGGGGCCAAUUGUGACUUCAGAGAGGAAAACAUGCUGCAAAUUAGGAGAUGGUGGUGUCUUGUCCUCCUACAGAACUUCCCCAUGCCGUCUAAGGAAACCAGAUUGCAGGAAAGAAAAAGACGGAGAAAGCAAAAAGGAAAACAGGAUCUGGAAGUGGUCCCUCCAAAAAGUAUUCGGCUUUCAGAAUCUGUCUCUGAAGCAUCAGCAAAGGCUGAGAGCUUGCCGGAAGUGGGAACUGGGAACGGAGAGGAUUCCCUGCUUAUGGACACCUUAACGGCAGCAAGGUGGUGUGGCACAAGAUCCUUCAAGGGAAAACUUUACCUUCCCCAGGUCAUCACCAUGAACAAGGAAGAUUCCUUGAGGGCAGUGGAAAUGCUGCGCAUGUGUGAUGGCCUGGAUGAAGAGUAUAAAGAAGACCUCAGUGAACCGUUCAUGUUCAUGUUUAGUUUGCAGGCAGACUAUGAGGAGUUCUGCAAGGAAAUGAUGGACAAAAGGCAGCUGCAGUCGCGAACAGGUCGUGACAUCUACAAAGUCAAUCUACAGAAUGGGGUUCACCUGUGA